AUGGCCAGCCUGCGGACCCCGCUCCUAGUGGCCCUCGUCCUCCUUGCGGUGGCACUUCAAGCAACUGAGGCAGGCCCCUACGGUGCCAACGUGGAGGACAGCGUCUGCUGCCGGGACUACCUCCAAUGGCCCCUGCCCCUGCGUAUGGUGAAAUAUUUCUACUGGACCUCGGACUCCUGCCGGAGACCUGGCGUGGUCUUGCUAACCACCAAGAACCGGGAGAUCUGUGCUGACCCCAGGCUGUCCUGGGUGAAGAAGAUUCUCAAGAGGCUGGACCAAUGA